CACUUUUAACCAUUAUAAAGUUUUCGCUAAUGACGAACUGGCAAGAUUUUUCCGUGCUGACCUUGCUUGACCCACAUGCCUGUGGUUUGAAACGCCUGAACAUCAAGCCGUCCAGAAAAGAGGUGAUAUCAAAGAGCGGCGUCACUUUGAGAGAGGUUCCCAUUCUCGGAUCAAGAUGAAAUUUUGCACAAGUAUUUACAGUCAGUGAGAAAUACAUGAAGCAAUACAAGGGGGACGUAUCAUUGAAUUAAUCAAUUAGUGAUAGUCACCAUUUAAAGUCAGUUAAAAGACUUUACUUCGAGAACUGAUAUAAAGAACAAGUGCAGUAUUUCACAUGGGUGUACAGUUCUAGUAGUUGACCAUUGGCUACCAGUGAUCGAUUUUAAGUUUUCUUUUUGCUGUCUGUCAGUCUUCGGCAUUUAUUUGUGUCUGUGUGUGUGUGUGGUCUAAAUGUGUAUUGCGCGGGCAUAAAAAUGCUCAAUAAGAACAAGUGAAAACUCAAUGUGACUGUAUAUUAGCCAUUUACACGGUUUGGGAUUGAUUCCACAUUUGGAGCUAUAAAUAUAUCUGAACGUCAUGCAGCAACAUUAUGACCUGCUGCCCCUUGAACUGGUCAGUUACAGAAACACAGCGGAGGACUACGAGAAGGACAACAAAUGUUUGCUAUCUCUUGCGGCUGAAUCUAAGAGGUUUUUGCAGGACACGAACGUACAAAUGACGAACACAUGCAGCGAUGACAACAAUAUUUAUAUUGUAAACAAACCAUCUAACUCCGAUGACAAAAAAUCAAUGCCAAUUAUCGAUUCGUCACCAGUUCUGGAAAAGAUAUCUCUGGGAAAACAUUUAUUGUCCAUGUGGUAUCUGGCAGUCAUCCUACUGACACCCAUUGUCUUCCUGCCAGUGUUUCUGCUUGUCAGUGAUCAGUAUCAGCGACAAGCCAGGUGUGGCUACACGAUAGCCGUUAUGGCCAUCUACUGGACGACUGAAGCUCUUCCAAUUGCUGUGACGUCAUUGGCUCCGGUCGUACUGCUCCCAGCUCUAGGCGUUCUGACAGCCAAGGAAGUCUCAAGCGUCUAUUUUAAUGACACGACCAUGUUGUUUGUGGGUGGCAUGGUGGCUGCUGCCGCUGUGGAAACAUGGAACGUCCAUAAAAGGAUCGCCUUGCUGGUUCUCAAGUUAGUGGGAGCAGAACCAAAGUGCCUCUUGUUGGGCAUCUGUCUAGUCACGUGGUUCUUGUCCAUGUGGAUAUCUAAUACAGCCACCACUGCCAUGAUGAUAGCCAUCGUUCAGGCGCUGUUGGCCCAGUUCAAAGAAAUGAAGGCACACGACAAAACGCAACAUGUCAAGCUGAAUGGAUAUUCCGUCCGGGCGCAGGAUAAAACUGACCAGGAGGCAGACGCAGAGUUCGUCCGACUCAGCAAGGCUUUAACCCUUUCCGUCGCUUACUCAGCCAAUAUAGGCGGUGUAGCUAGCCUCACGGGUACGGGGCCUAACCUGGUCCUGCUAGCUGCGUCCCAGAAAGUUUUUGAGGAAGUCGGACUGACAAGCCCAAUCACUUUCAGCACUUGGUUCAUCUACGGCCUGCCUCUGUCCUUGCUCCUGAUGCUGACAAUGUACCAGUGGAUGGUGGUCUUCUUCCUGCGCUGCAAGGGCGGAUGUCUGUGUUGUUGCUGCAGCCCUGAAACAAAACGAGGUCAAAUCGAGAAGGUCAACGCCAUGAUUAGAGAUGAAUACAAAAAACUGGGACCCGUUACUUAUGCUCAAGGUUCAAUCCUGAUUGCCUUCUUUCUGCUAGUGGUGGCCUGGGUCACGAGGGACUUGGGUGGAAUAGGAGGCUGGGCAGCUUUGUUUCCUAAAGGUUACUUGAGUGACUCCACGCCGUCCAUUUUGUUUGGUGUUCUUAUGUUUGUCUUACCGUCGUCCAUUCCCAAAGCACUGACCAACAGACUGGACAAACACGCUACCUACUCACGAGUCACGCCUUUGCUUACGUGGCGUCAACUACAAGACAAAAUGCCAUGGUCACUCUAUUUUCUUCUUGGCGGUGGAUACGCCAUUGCACACGCCGCCACGGUGUCUGGGCUGUCUAAAUGGAUCGGCGACCAGCUGAUGGUGUUCAGAUCCCUUGACCAGUGGUUAUUUCUACUUAUUAUAGGCUACAUAGUAACUUUCGCCACAGAAGUGACCAGUAACACGGCCAUAGCCACAUUAAUGAUGCCCAUACUAGCCCAGAUGUCUGUCAGUCUCCAGAUCAAUCCUUUGUUUUUCAUGUAUCCCGCUGCAGUGGCCACAUCCUUCGCCUUCAUGCUGCCUGUCGCCACGCCUCCAAACGCCAUCGUGUUCUCCAGCGGCACUCUCAAAGUUAUUGACAUGGUCACGAGUGGUCUCUUUUUAAACAUCGUCUGUGUCCCUAUCUUGAUACUCGCCACAGCCACCUGGGGCAACGCCUUUUUUCACUUCGACAAGUUCCCACGUGAGUUUUUACAGAACUCUACUCUUGCUGGAGUAGUAAAGAGUGCAUAGGUGUCUACUUCAAGAUUUGAAAUUGUAUGGCAUUGAGUCGAGUAUGAAAGUUUACUUUGACAAAUGGUUCUCUUAAAGAGUAUGUCAGUGCCUAAAUCCCAACUAAGCUCACCGUCUAUUCCAGUUGUACAGUGUUUUCUUCGGUUUUUUUACUGUAUAAAAUUUUUUUUAUACAA